AUUGAACCAAAAGUGAUAUAUCAGUGAGUGAAGACUGUUCAAACGUGUGGCGGCGGGACAAAGAAACAAAACAGAAAAAUUUAUUCCAAAUUAACGCGGAUUGGACAAAGUAAUAAAUGAUCUCUUGGUUCCAAUGCAAGUUUCAUUGCAUUUCUGCAAAUUUUGCAUAUUCUUCUAAACUUUGACUUCAAUUUCAAAUCAAUGUCGUCGUCGUCGUCAUCAUCAUCAUUCCCCAAUCAUCAAUGGCUCUACGACGUGUUCCUCAACUUCAGAGGAGAAGACACACGCAGCAAAUUCGUUUCACAUCUUCAUGCAUCACUCUCAAAUGCUGGAAUCAACACUUUUGUUGACUAUCAGCUUGACAAAGGAACAGAGCUAGAAUCAGAACUUCUUCAAGCAAUAGAAGACUCUCACAUUUCGAUUGUUGUUUUCUCCAAAACAUAUACUGAAUCUAGUUGGUGUCUUAACGAACUUGAAAAAAUCAUGAAAUGUCGAAGAAAUUAUGGUCAGAUUGUUUUGCCUAUUUUCUAUGAUGUUGAUCCUUCCGUUGUUCGUCAUCAGAAAGGUGCUUAUGGAAAUGCUUUGAGAUCUACUGCAGAAAAGAGAUACUCUGAAGGGGAAGCUGUUGAAUAUGUGUUGUCUAGAUGGAAAAUUGCACUCACUCAAGCUUCAAAUUUGUCUGGUUGGGAUCUUACCAAUUGCAGGAAUGAAGAUGAACUAAUGCAGCAAAUUGUUGAGGACGUUUUGACAAAAAUACAAAAGACAUUCUUGUCUAUUACUGAAUAUCCAGUUGGAUUGGAAUCUCGUGUGGAACAAAUGAUUCAGUUUAUUGAAAAGCAAUCAAGCAAAGUUUGUAUGAUAGGAAUACGGGGAAUGGGAGGAUCCGGAAAAACAACCACAGCCAAGGCUAUCUACAAUCGAAUCCAUCGCAAAUUUGUGGAUAGAAGUUUCAUAGAAAAUGUCAGAGAAGUCAGCGAAAAGGAUAAUAGAGGCAUUAUUCAUUUACAAGAACAGCUUCUCUCAGAUGUCCUCAAAACAAAAGAGAGGAUACAUAGCAUUGCAUUUGGGCCAAUUCUGAUUGAGAAUAGGCUUAAAGGAAAAAGGGCACUUGUUGUACUUGAUGAUGUGACCACGACUGAGCAAUUAAAAGCCCUGUGCGGAAAUCCUAAGUUGUUUGGUUCGGGAAGUGUAUUAAUUGUUACUACAAGAGAUGGACGCCUACUUAAUUUACUUAGUGCUGACUAUGUCUGUACAAUGACAGAAAUGGAUAAAAAGGAGUCACUUGAACUUUUCAGUUGGCAUGCUUUUAGACAACCGAUACCAAGUGCAGACUUCAACAAACUAUCCAAAAAUGUAGUUGCUUACUCUGGAGGAUUACCACUUGCUCUUGAAGUCCUUGGAUCUUACCUAUAUGAGAGGACGAAACAAGAAUGGAAAGGUGUACUGUCAAAAUUAGGGAGAAUUCCCAAUGAUCAAGUACAGGAGAAACUGAGAAUAAGCUAUGAUGGUUUAGAGGAUGAUACAGAAAAGGAUAUAUUUCUUGACAUAUGUUGUUUCUUUAUUGGCAAGGACAUAGCCUAUGUUACAGAAAUACUGAAUGGUUGUGGACUUUAUGCUAACAUUGGAAUACCUGUUCUCAUAGAAAGAAGCCUCGUAAAAGUUGGAAAGAAUAACAAGCUUGGAAUGCAUGAUUUGCUACGCGACAUGGGAAGAGAAAUUGUUCGCGUAAGUUCAGCAAGAGUGCCUGGGAAGCGUAGUCGAUUGUGGUUUCGCGGGGAUGUACAUGAUGUUUUGACAAAAAAUACCGGAACCGAAACUGUAGAAGGAUUGGUUUUGAAGUCCCAAAGCACCGGCGAAGUUUGCUUCAGUGCUGAUUCUUUCAAGGAGAUGAAGAAACUAAGACUUUUACAACUUGAUCAUGUUGAUCUUACUGGAGAUUUUGGGUAUAUUUCUAAAGAAGUGAGAUGGCUCCAUUGGCAGGGAUAUACAGGAGACUAUAUGCCCGGUGAAUUUUAUCAAGGAAAUCUAGUUGUUGUUGACUUAAGAUACAGUUAUAUUAAACGAGUGUGGAAAGAAACCAUGUUGAUGGAUAAGCUAAAAAUUCUCAAUCUCAGUCAUUCCAAGUACUUGGAAAUCACCCCUGACUUUUCGAAAUUACCAAAUCUAGAAAAGCUCAUUAUGAAAGAUUGUCCAAGUUUGUCCAAGAUACACCAUUCCAUUGGAGAUCUUAAGAAUGUUCUUUUGAUAAAUUUGAAGGACUGUACAGGUCUUAGAAAUCUUCCAAGGAAGAUCUAUCAAUUGAAAUCAUUGAAAACUUUCAUUCUUUCUGGUUGUUCAAAAAUUGACAAAUUGGAAGAAGAUAUAGUGCAAAUGGAAUCCUUGACAACUCUAGUUGCAACAAAUACUGGGGUCAAACAAGUGCCUUUUUCGAUAGUUAGAUCAAAAAGCAUUGUUUAUAUAUCCCUAUGUGGUUUUGAAGGAUCAUCGCGCAAUGUUUUUCCUUCUCUCAUUAGGUCUUGGAUGGCACCAACCAUGAAUUCCCUACUCUAUAUUUCGCCAUUUGGAAGCGUGUCAUUGUCUCUAGCUUCGUUGGUUUUUGAGAGCGAUAAUUCGGGAUAUCUAUCACCUAAUCCUAGCAGCCUUUCAAAACUUGGACGAUUUUGGGUUCACUACCGCUUGUACUUUCAAGUAACUCAAGAAUUAAGAACAUUUCUUGAUGAUUUAUACAAUGUAAAUUUUACUGUGUUGGAAGACACAUCACAUGAAUCACAAAGCUCGAGUUAUUCAUUGAGAUCACUUUUGAUGAAAAUGAGCAGUUGCCACGGAAAGAUCAAUAAUACUCUUGGCGAGAGCAUAUCACAGACAAUGUCAGGGGAAUUGUCUAAAGUUCACAACAAAUAUAUACUUCAAGAAAUUUCAGAAAAACAAGUUAACCACAGGAUAGACUCUCAGAGAAUUCGGGUGGACUCUGAUGAAGACUAUGAAAGCCUCCCACCUUUGAAACGUUCUAGGAAGUAUUCAAAUGAGAAAGAGUGGGAAGACUUGGGAGAUAUUCUUACCCCAACAUUUAAGAAACUAAAAAUUAAGCACUCAAAAGAAAGGAGAUCAAAAGCUCCUGAUGGAAGAAGUAGAAAAUCUCAAAUGAAAAGAGUGGCAGAAGAUUCUGUUAAUAGUUAUGAGGAAACAAAAUCAUCCUUUAAAAAUCCAAUGAAGCAGGAUUCCCCUAAAGUUGUUAAUGUUAAUCAAGAGAAAAAGAAAACUCAGCCUAAAUUCCAAAUUCCUGAGUUUUCUUUGGAUUCCUCAAAGUUGAUUAUUCAUUUUCAGAAGAUUGAAAAUCCUCAACAAGUAUUACCUCCAGUGAAGAAUAAGGAACCAGACACCAUAAAAGUCCCCUCUGGUUUUAUCAACACAUUACCUCAGGAAAAUAUUCUUGAAAAAGAUGCUUCAACCCUCGUAAUUUCUUUAUCAUCACAAACAGUUAAGCAAGAGAAGGUAAAUGAAAGCAUCACUAGUAAAUGCAAAUCCUCCACUUCCAAGGGUCCAAGUGCUACAGAAAAUGUAGAAAAGGUUUCUUGUAAACAAGAAUCUGUUUCUGAGUAUUCACCAGUUGAUUAUUCUAAAUACAAGGAACUUAUUGAAGAGGACCCUCUAGCCAUGAUGGAGAAACUACUUUCUGGUGAACUCAGUUUUUCGUCAAAGACUUCACAAUCUACAAAACAAGCAGAAGCUACUCAAGUUGAGAGGGAACCAAUCAAUACCCUGCUUGAUGACUUGAGACAUCUAGUUUUUUCAAGUAACCUUUUGAAAUAUCUGCCAAACGACAUGAACCGUAGAGAAAAGGUAAAAGGUUUAUUAUUUGAACUUGAUGAUAGGGUCGAUGAACUGUCUGAGAAACAGGUUUUGGGUCUUGUUGAGCUCACUAAAAUCUUCAAUGAAGCCGAAAUCAUCAUUGAUGGUAGUCGAGACAAUGCCGAUUCUCUUCAAGAGCUUGAAGUGAACCACAAAAACACGAUGUCUAAACUUCAGGCUUCCAAGGACAAGAUGAAGAGAUUUGCUGAAUCAAUUGCUGCUGGCCAGAAUAAAAUCCAAGAUAUAGAUCAUGAAAUUGAGGAUAUACAGACACAAAUUCAAUUGCUUAAGCAGCAAGUAAAUAAGCUUCGUCAAGAAAAGUCUCUCUUGAAAGAUACUUGUUCGAAAUGUCACGAAAAAAGGGUCUAUAUUAUGAAAGAAGUUAAAAGUAUAUCCUCAGAAGCUGUGGAAAUCCUUGAGAAAACUUCGCAACUCGAAAAGAAAGAACAAGAAUUCAAUUUGAAUUACAAGAGACUCCAAGAGCACUAUACCAAAAUGAAAUUAGCACCUCCUUUUUUCCUGUGGUUGAUCGAUAUUCAUAGACCCAUGAAUCCUUCUUCAUCUUUUUCAACAUCCAAUCCCCAAUGGUUGUACGACGUGUUCAUCAGUUUCAGGGGACCCGACACUCGUGGCAAUUUUGUUUCUCAUCUUUAUGCAGCACUGUGUAAUGCUGGAAUCAACACUUUUCUUGAUGAUGAAGAGCUUAGAAAGGGAAAGGAGCUUGGACCAGAAUUAUUCAGAGCAAUUCAUGGUUCUCAAAUAGCCAUAGUUGUUUUCUCAGGAAACUAUGUUCAUUCUAAUUGGUGUCUUGAUGAACUGGUACAAAUCAUGGAAUGCCACGACAAUACGAGUCAGGUUGUUUUUCCUGUAUUUUAUGGUGUUACCCCUUCGUUUAUACGUCAAUAUGCUAAAGAAACUUUUGGAGAAGUUACCAAUAAAAGUGAUAGCCGUGCCCGUAAUGUGGAUCACCAGAAAAAUCCACGAAAGGAAGCACUCAUCGAUGCUUCGCAUGUGGCUGGUUGGGAUAUGGCUAAUUACAGUAAUGAAAGCAUGGUUGUGAAGAAAAUUGUUGCCCAAGUUUUGCAAACACUAGACAAAAAAUACUUACCUAUCCCAGAUUAUCCUGUUGGACUAGAAUCGCGUGCAAAACGCAUGAUUCGGUUUUUAAGACAGAAUACAAGAGGAGUAUGUUUAGCAGGGAUUUGGGGAAUGGGGGGGAUAGGCAAAAGCACCAUUGCCAAAGUUGUCUACAAUAAUCUUUGGUAUGAAUUUGAAGAUCAAAGCUUCCUUGCUAAUAUUAGAGAAGUUUGGGGGAAAGAUCGGGGUCCAAUCAAUUUACAAGAACAACUUCUUUCAGAUAUCCUCAAAAAAGGAAAUAUAAAGGUGCAUAGUGUUGAGUGGGGAAAAGCUAUGAUCAAUGAACGACUUUGCACAAAACGAGCACUUAUUGUACUUGAUGAUGUGAGUACGUGUGAGCAGUUAGAUGCACUAUGCGGAAAUCGGAAUGGGAUUGGUCCGGGAAGUAUAAUAAUCAUAACAACAAGAGAUGUGCGUCUACUUAAUAUCACUAAAGUUGACUUUAUUUAUAAAGUAGAGGGAUUGAAUUCAUCAGAGUCCGUUAAACUUUUCAAUUGGCAUGCAUUUAAGGCGGAGAGUCCAACUAAAGGUUCCCUUAGACCCUCAGGAGAUGUAGUUUCUUAUUGUGGUGGACUACCAUUAGCUCUUGAAGUCCUUGGAUCUUACCUAUUCAACAGGAGAAUAAAAGAGUGGAACAGUGUAUUAUCAAAGCUAAAACAGAUACCCAAUGAUCAAAUCCAUGAAAAACUAAAAAUAAGUUUUGAUGGUUUAAGGGAUCGUAUGGAGAAGGAUAUAUUUCUUGAUGUCUGUUGUUUCUUUAUCGGUAAGGAUAUAGCUUAUGUUACGGAGAUAUUAAAUGGUUGUGGGUUUCAUGCUGAUAUUGGAAUAGCAGUGCUGAUAGAGAGAAGUCUAAUAAAAAUUGAAAAGAAUAGAAAGCUCGGAAUGCAUGAUUUGCUACGAGACAUGGGGAGAGAAAUUGUUCGUGAAAGUUCAACUAAGAAGCCUGAGAAGCGUAGUCGGUUGUGGUGCCAUGAAGAUGUUGUUGAUGUAUUGACCAACCAUAGCGGAACAAGAGCCAUCGAAGGAUUGGUUAUGAAGUCACAAAGGACCAGUACAGUUUCCUUCGAUACCAUUGCUUUUGAGAAAAUGAAAAGAUUGAGAUUGUUGCAACUUGAUCAUGUAGAUCUCAUCGGAAACUAUCAGUUUUUUCCGAAGCACCUGAAAUGGCUUUCUUGGCAAGGAUUUCCUUUAAAAUACAUACCAGAAAACUUUUAUCAGGAAAAUCUAGUUGCUAUGGACUUAAAACACAGCAAUCUUAUCCAAGUUUGGAAGAAGCCGCAGUUGAUUGUGGGACUGAAGAUCCUAAAUCUCAGUCAUUCUAAGUACUUGAAAAGCACCCCUAACUUUUCAAAAUUACCGAACCUAGAAAAGCUCAUUAUGAAGGAUUGUCCAAGUUUAUCCGAGGUACACUCGUCCAUUGGAGAUCUCAAGAAUAUUCUUCUGAUAAAUUUGAAGGACUGUACAAGUCUUAGCAAUCUCCCAAGAGAGAUAUAUCAAUUGACAUCAGUAAAAACUCUGAUCCUUUCUGGUUGUUUAAAUAUUGACAAAUUGGAAGAAGAUAUAUUGCAAAUGGAAUCCUUGAGAACACUAAUUGCAGCAAAUACUGGUGUCAAAAAAGUGCCAUUUUCGUUAGUUAGAUCAAAAAGCAUUGCAUAUAUAUCCUUAUGUGGAUAUGAAGGAUUAUCAUGUGAUGUUUUUCCUUCUAUCAUUAGGUCAUGGUUGUCACCAACAAUGAAUUCCUUACCACAUAUUCCACCUUUUGGUGGCAUGCCAAUGUCUCGUGUUUCCUUGGAUAUAGAGCGUAAUGAUUUGGCUUUGGUCUAUCAAUCACGUUCGAAAAUUAGAACUGUUUCGGUACAAUGUGACUCAGAGAUUCAACUGAAAGAAGAAUUCAGAAGAUUUCUUGAUGAUCUAUAUUGUGCUGGUCUUACUGAAGUGGGAACAUCACAUGCAUCACAAGUUUUGGAUCUUUCUUUGAGAUCUCUUUUGAUUCAAAUCGGAAGUUGCCACAUUGUUAUCGAUAUUCUUGUGAAGAGCUUAUCACAGGAAUUGACAAACAAUUCUAGUAAUUCUCUUCGUCACGGUGACAAUUAUCCUUCUUGGUUAGCCUAUACAUUCAAAGGACCUUCUGUAGUUUUCCAAGUGCCUGAGGCUAAUGAUUGUUGCAUGAAGGGGAUAACUUUGUGUGUUAUUUAUUCGUCAACACAUGAAAAUCUAGCAACCGAUUGUUUCGCUAGUGUGUUGAUCAUUAAUUACACCAAAUUCACUAUCCAAAUUUUCAAGCAAGACACGGUAAGGUCGUUCAAUGAUGAAGACUGGCAAGGUGUAAUAUCAAGUUUAGGAGUUGGUGACAAUGUGGAGAUUUUUGUAGCUAUUGGGAAUGGAUUUACCGUUAAGGAGAUGGCUGUCUAUCUAGUAUAUGACCCUUCAAAUGCUAUGGAAAUCGAGCCUUUAAAUGCUAUGGAAGUUGACCGGUCGACUGAGACAAAAAUUGAGCCAUUACAGGAAGUGGAAAUGCAACCAUCACCUAAUGUGAAAUCAGAGGCAUCAGCUGAAGAGGAAGUACAACCAUCGCCUCGUGUGCAAAUGGAGCCAUCAUCUGAUGAGGGAGUACAAGUGUCACCUAAUGUGAAAAUGGAUCCAUCAGCUGAAGAGGAAGUACAACCAUCGCCUCAUGUGCAAACAGAGCCAUCAGCCGAUGAGGGCGUACAACUGUCACCUAAUGUAAAAAUGGAGCCAUCAGCUGAAGAGGAAGUACAGCCACCGCCUCAUGUGCAAACGGAGCCAUCAGCUGACGAGGGAGUACAAGUGUCCCCUAAUGUGAAAAUGGAGCCAUCAGCUGAAGAGGAAGUACAGCGCAACAACUAUGAACAUCAAGAAAGUUCAGAAAAACAUGUUAUCUACAGGAUAGACCCUCAGACAAUUAGGGUGGACUCUGAUGAGGAAUAUGAAAGCCUCCAACCUUUUAAACCUUCUAGGAAGGUGAAUAAGAGUGAUCACUUAAGCAAUGGUGAUUCUGCUUCAUCUGUCCCCCCUAUCACAUCGAAGGAAAAGUCGGAUUCUUUGAGAAAGGAGAUUGAAAAUCCUCAACAAACACUACCUUCACUGAAGAGUAAGGCACCAGAUGCCAUAAAAGUUCCGUCUGAUUUUAUCAAUAGCUUACCACAGAAAAAAGUUCUUGAAAAAGGUUCUUCAACUAAAUCAACUCCAAUAAUUUCUCUAACAUCACCAAGAAUGAAGCAAGAGAAGGUAAAUGAAAGCAUCACAAGUAAAUCCUCCGCUUCAAAGGGUCCAAGUGCAACAGAAAAUGUAGAAAAGGUUUCUUCUAAACAAGAAUCAGUUUAUGAACAUUCACUAGUUGAUUAUUCUAAAUACAAGGAACUUAUUGAAGAGGAUCCUCUAGCCAUGAUGGAGAAACUCCUUUCUGGUGAACUCAGUUUUUCGUCAAAGACUUCACAAUCUACAAAACAAGCAGAAACUACUCAAGCUGAGAGGGUACCGAUCAAUGCACUGCUUGAUGACUUAAGACUUCUAGUUUUUUCAAGUAACCUUUUGAAUUAUCUGCCCAAUGACACAAACCGUCGAGAAAAGGUAAAAGGUUUAUUAUUUGAACUCAAUGAUAGGGUCGAUGAACUGUCUGAAAAACAAGUUUUGGGUCUUGAUGAGUUCACUAAAAUCUUCGAUGAAGCCGCAAUCAUCAUUGAUGAUAGUCGAGAUAAUGCCGAUUCUCUUCAAGAGCUUGAAUUGAACCGCAAAAACACAAUUUCUAAACUUCAGGCUUCCAAGGACAAAAUAAAGAGAUUAGCUGAAUCAAUUUAUGCUGACCAGUAUAAAAUCGAAGAUAUAAAUAUUCAAAUUGAGGAUAUACAAACACAAAUUCAAUUACUUAAGGAGCAAGUAAAUAAGCUUCAGCAAGAAAAGUCUCUCUUGAUAGAUACUUGUUCGAAAUGUCACGAAAAAAGUGUUGACAUUAUGAAAGAUAUCAAAAGUAUAUCCUCAGAAGCUGUGGAAAUCCUUGAGAAAACUUCCCACCUCGAAAAGAAAGAACAAGAAUUCAAUUUGAAUUACAAGAGACUCCAAGAGCACUAUACCAAAAUGAAAUUAGCACCUCCCUUUUGAAUUUAGAUAUGUUUAUCAUUUGGUUUUUUUUUUGACAUUAUGUGUAUCAUUUGUUUAACCACUUUAUAAUUUGUUUUAUGGUAUGUAACUAUGAUACUGUCACUGUGAUUACCAUUUAUAUAUUUUUUCAUUCA